AUGGCUAUCUGGCUCGGGGAAAUCAUCUACAUUGCGGUUAAACCGAUUUUUAAAAUCUAUUUCAUCAUUGCCAUUGGGUACACUUUGACCAAAAAAAACAUUCUUACCGUCGAAACUUCCAAAAACAUCAGCACCAUCGCAGUCAAUGUGCUUAUACCAUGUUUAGCUUUCCAGAAAAUUGUCAGCAACAUUUCUAAUGAUGACAUCCACCAGAUAGCAACUAUUGUAAUUGUAUCUUUUUUCCUCAUGGGUCUGGGCUCUUUGCUAUGCUUCAUCUUUGGGGUUGCAGCCGGAUGCCCGAAGAACUGGUGGGGAGGCCUCAUUUGCUGCGGCCUAUUGCCGAACAUCUCAGACUUACCAAUCGCUUAUCUACAAACAAUGGAGUCGUCAUCAAUCUUCAACGACAUUGAUAAAGGUGUCAGUUAUGUCAUGAUCUAUUUCACUUUGCAAAUGCUGGUGCAAUUCAACUUCGGAGCGUUCAAGUUGAUAGAAAUGGAUUUCCACACCGAAGCCAGAUUGGAAGCAGCAAAGAAAACAUCUUCCCAAGAGGAAAAGCUAGAAACAGCAACUACGGUAGAUGAUCAGCAUGAAAACAACCCUUCGAUAGUUAUAUCUUCUUCUUCUUCGUCUUCUGAUAUCGAUCUUCAGUCAACUACGGAAUCACUUACAUUGCAGCGACCGCACGUUACCUUUGUGGGAGAGCGUCCCUCCCAAAAUGAUAUCCCCCCACUGCUGACCACAGUAUCAUCCAGAUCUACACUCUCAGACGAACAGCAACAACCUAUGCUGAGAACCACCACAACGGGUUCCUCAUUGUCUUCUGCUAUUCGAUGCACAGAACCACUAUCGAGAACCUUGUCUGUUCCUCGAAUACUGCUUGGUAACGAUGUUCUCGCAGAUCAGGUCCCGGAGGGUAUCAAUGAUAUAGUCAGAGUUUAUUCGAAGUACGAAUUCCUGACGCCAAUUACGGAAGACAUAAGAACUUCUACAAGACAGGCACAGACGUUCUUUUCCAAAGCAGUAGACUUUUUGCAAUCAGUGAAUUAUUACCAUCUGUGCAAGUCAGUUCUUAAUUUGUGGGUUGCAUCAACGUUGAAGAUUGUAUCCAUGACGAUGAUUAUCUCAAUAACGAUUUGUAUGAUUCCCUGGGUACAAGCGUUGUUUGUGAUUACUUCCCAGGCACAUGUCCCUCCAGCACCCGAUGGCGAUCCUCCGCUUUCCUUUAUCAUGGACUUAGCAGGAUAUGUCGGCGCAGCAGAGGUUCCAUUUGGGUUACUCAUGCUUGGCGGUACAAUAGGCCGUUUGAAUUUGUCAACAAUUCCUCUUCGUGUAUGGAGAGUUCCUAUUGCUGUAACAUUUGCUAGACUAUUCAUUAUGCCCAUUAUAGGAUGUGCAUUCAAUUCCAAAAUAUAUCGUGAUGGUUUAUUCUAUGACGAGAAAAUUCUUUACUUCAUAUCCAACAUCAACUUUUGCCUACCUCCUGCAACCUCACUUCUUUAUAUUACUGCAUUUUAUACUCCUAUUGAUGAUAAACCACAUUCUCAAAUGGACUAUUUGGCUCUUGUUUACGUCUUUCACUAUCUUUUAUUGGUCAUAUGCCUCCCAUUUACCACUACUUAUACAAUGAAAAUCUCGUUAAAUCUAUAA